UGAACCUGCGUAGAAGAUUUUUGUCUGACAAAUUCGUAUUAAAGUUAAGUUCUCAGAAAUCUAAGGUGUUGGCUAAAAUAUCCAGUUUAGCCAGUAUGGUUUUGACAUCUAAAUAUUGGGAGAAGAAAAAAACACCGUUAUUAGUUGAAAGUUUUAUUACCAAUGUACACAGAUAUGAACAACUUUAUCAAUCCAAUGGUAUCCCUUUAUGGAAUUAUCCCUAUGAAAUGUUUCUAUAUCCAGUAAAGACUCAUAUUAAUGUUAGAUACUUGUGUCAAAACAGUGAUAUUAUACAAAAAGAACAUUAUCGGGAAUGUACAGUUAAGUGGAAGGAGUAUGGAAAAAUUUAUACUGAUGGAUCGAAAUCGGAACAUGGAGUUGGUUGUGCCGUUUAUUACCCUUCUAAAAAUAUUAAGUUAAUAUACAAACUACCAGAAAUGUUGUCAAUUUUCAGUCCAGAGCAUAUUGCCAUAAAACUAGCAAUUAGUAUGUGUUUAGAACAAAAAGAUGAUAAAUUUGUUAUAUUCACAGACUCUAAAAGUUCUGUAGAAAAACUUAAAAACCUUUGUUUAAAUCCUAAUUUAAAUUAUAUACUUCUUGAUAUUUUGGAAUUGUAUCACAAUGUAUUAAGUAUGGGAAAACAAAUUUAUAUUUCAUGGAUCAAAGCCCAUUCAGGUAUAGAAGAAAAUGAAGAAGUGGAUUCUUUAGCAAAAAAUGGUGCGAAAAAUGGAAGAAUACUCGGAUCAAAAAUACCAGAGUCUGACUUUAUUCCAAUUUUUCGAAAGGAACUAAAGGAAAAUUGGCAGCUAAAAUAUGAAUUAGGAGAGAAGGGACAGUUUUUUAAGAAUAUACAACCAAAAAUAAGGGACAAACCAUGGUUUGAGAAUAUAUGUAAUCGUUCAAUUAUUCGGAUUAUAAGUCGAAUGCGCUGUAAUCAUGCCUUAUUUCCCGUGUAUAAAUGUAAAAUAGGUUUGUUAGAUAAUAAUAAAUGUCUUUGUGAUGAAAUUGCCGAUUUACAACAUAUUAUUUUAGAAUGUCCUUUAAAAAAAUUAGAAAUUGACAAGCUUUAUCAAAAUUUAAUAUCUUACAAUAUGAAAUUUCCAAUAAAUGUUUCAAAUCUAUUGACAUUAGAGGAUAAUAAAAUAAUGGUUAGGACUUAUGUUCGGAAGACGACAAGACAGCAAUGGGAUUCAAAUUCAAUGAAACUUGCAUUGGAAAAUAUUUCUAACGGUAUGCCUUUUAAAAGAGCUGCUAGGCUUUAUAAUCUGCCUUUAAGUACUUUAAAAAGAAGGGCCAAAAAUCGAAAUGUAUUGGAAGCUAGUGGACAAUCUUCGGAUGAUGUCAGCCUUUUUGGAAACAAUCCGGAGGAAUUAUCGGACAAUGAAACUAUAGUCACUGCAGCUUUAAAUCCGGAAGUUGUUGCUUCAAAUCAUAAAGUUGACGUUACAAGCUCCGUAGUUGGUAAUUCAAUCCCAAUUUCCGAAAUUAGCACUUCAAAACAAAAUGAAAUUCCAUCAUCGCUGGACGAUACUUUUGUAACUCCAUAUGAUAUAUAUCCACUACCUCAGGCACCUCCUCAGACAAGGAGUUCAAGGCCUUCGCAAGGAUCGACUGUUUUCACCUCCACACCAAAUUAUUUUUUGAUGAAAGCAAAACAAAAAACACCCAAGCCAACUCCACUAUCAGCUAGAAAAGCUCUCAGCAAAAAGGUGUUUCGAAGAAACAAAGAAAAUAAGAGAUUUGAUGAUGAUGAAGAUGACGUUGCCUGUAUAUUUUGCUAA